AUGUUCACCUACACCCCCACCUCCAAGUUCCUUGUCCUGGCCCCUACCGAGUCGGCUCCUCUCUCUACCUCGACGCAGCGCCCUGGAUUCAGUCGUCUCCCUAGCGGCUUCCUCUACCUGGGCGUCGACACCCGCGACGCCGCUUCGCCUAGCAACUAA